CGGGGCGGAGCUGGGGGCUGUCACCCGCCUUGGCCUGAUCGGGUGCCUGCCCCGCCCUAGGAUGGCUUCAGCCCGGCCAGCGGGGCGCGGGGGAUCCCGGGAGGACCCGCCGCUGGAUCUGCUGCGACACCUGAGCCUAGGCCGGAGUCUCGCCCCCGUCACGCAGGGCCAGAGCCGAUUCCUGAUCCAGCGCCCCGCGGGAGUCCCGGAGCCGGAGCCGGGGACCCGGCCCCCCGCGUCCACCCUGCGUGCCCAGGCAGCGCUCUCCAGACUGGCGCGCCUCGAGGGUCGGCUGCGGAGUCGGCGGGCACCCCCCUCGGGCCCCGGCAACCCCACCUCCAGGGACAGCCAGCCCAGCAGCGCCGCCUGGAGCAGGGCCGGGAGCCCCGACUCCCCAGCGCCGGGAGCAACCGGGGGCCAGCCAGGACUCAGGUUCCUGAAGAAGCGCGGGCCCUCAGCCGCGGGAGCACCCCCUGCAGCACCCCUGGCGAGGUCCAGCUCAGCGACCCCAGCAUCCCAGGGCUCCCCAGACAGCUCAGCGACCCCAGCACCCAGGGGUUCUCCAGACAGCGAUGAUGAGGAAGUGAGGGAGCUACUUGGGGAGCUGACAGAUUCGUGCAGAGAAAAGGAGGCGCCGGGAACGAGACUUUCGGGCCAUAGCCCAGCAGAGUCCGAAGCCCGACCACGGGAUGACCGGCAGCCCCCCAGCCCUGCUGCUCCUGCCUCCCCGCCCAUCCUGGGCUCAGGGACCCCAUAUGCUCCCCACCGGCAGGCGUCUGCCCCCAGCUCACCAUCGCUCUCCGAUCCUGUUCCUUUCUCUGGGGUGGAAGCCCCUCAGGGCAGUGUGGCCGAGCCCCUGGACACGUCCCUGGCUGAGGACUCUCAGAACAGCCAUGAUUUCUGCGUCCACAUCUUGUCCCUGAGUGACCUGCAAUCCAGCAGCCCGCAGGACGCAGCCGGCUUGGAGACGGCAUUGGCGGCCGGAGAUCCCCUGACAGACAGCGAAGUGUCGGAGCAGGUGGGCGAGGGCUCGGCCGGCUCAGUGGCCCCCACGGCCCGCACCCCCAGCUGCGCUUACUCAGAAGAUUUCGACAGCUCCGAAGCGCCCUCCGACAGCACUGCGGCCUCUUGGUCCGAGACGACCCCCAGCCUAGAACCCACCCACGUGCGCCGCGUGGUAAUGAAAGAAACAGCAGUGCAGACCCCGGAACCUGCCUUCGCCUACCAAUGGCACCCGGCGGCUGGCACGGCAACCAUGGGGCCCUCUCUGGGGGACACCUACGUGGAUCCCGUGCCCAUCGCCAGCCACGUGGUCAGUCCAGAUGCCAUUGAAGCCCUCACCGCCUACAGCCCUGCUGCCCUGGCCCUCAACGACCUGCUAAGACAGCAGCUGAGCCUGACCCGCCGUUUCGCAGAGGCCAGCCGGGAACUGCACGGCGCAUUGCUGCAGGCACUGGGGCCGCCAGCCUUCCGUUACCACACGCUGGAGGAAGCUCGUGAGUACAUCCGGCGCCACCGGCCCACCCGUCUUACCAUGGAGGCCGCUCUGGAGGAGGUGAAGCAGGAGCUGGAGGCACCCGGUGCCUGGGUCUGAUGGCACCCGCCAUGCCACUGCCUCCCCAUCCCCCACACGCACACACACCUCGUUAAAAAAAUCUUUAUUGGAAGGCAAAAACAGUAAAACCCACAAAUGGUUAACAGCA